AUGUCAGAGGGCAUACUGCGGCCAGCCUUCCAAGGCCGUGAGAAACCCCUGAUUAGUUAUGGGCUCCCCUUUGAUCAGGCUCUGGCAAAACACGUUGAAAGUAUAUUUCAUGCGUCUCGCGUAUUUCUCAUUGUAUCAAAGUCUCUGGCAACGAAUACAUCCUGCUUGGACGCUGUCAGAGCCGCACUCGGGGAGAAACUGGCUGGUAUUCGCAUUGGUAUGAAACCGCAUACGCAAUGGACCGAACUCGUCGAAAUCAUCACGGCCUCCCGGUCCUGCAAUGCAGAUCUUCUCGUCACCCUGGGUGCAGGCAGUCUCACAGAUGCUGCAAAGGUGAUCAGUCUUGGGCUGGAAAAUAAGGUAGAAUCGAUGCAUGAUCUGGAAAGACUACACCCUGAAGGAACAGGACACUGCGACGACACCAAGAUUGCCACUACUCCUGUGGUCUGUAUCCCGACUUCACUCUCAGGUGGAGAGUACUCUGCAUCGGCGGGCGCAACGAAUGAUGAGACGGGAAGAAAAUGGGCAUUCUCGUACCAAGCCGGCGUCCGGUGUCCGCAUCUCGUCAUUCUAGACCCCGAGCUCAGCGCAACCACUCCAGAGCAUAUAUGGCUUUCCACUGGCAUCAAGGCUGUUGAUCAUUGCGUCGAGACACUUUGCUCUCUUGGAAGCGACGGCGAGGCAGAUGAGGAUGCACGAAAGGGGCUCCGGCAGCUCAUUCCUGGGCUGCUUGGGUGCAGGAGAGACAAAGUGAACACGGCUAAAAGGUUGGAAUGCCAGUUAGGCGUGAUAGAUGCAAUGAGCGCGUGUUCACGGGGUGUUCCGCUUGGUGCCAGCCAUGGGAUUGGGCAUCAGCUCGGCCCUGUUGGCGUGGGCCACGGGGAGACCAGUUGUAUCUUGCUCCCAGCAGUUUGCAGGUAUAAUUAUACGGUAGGUGCCAAUAAAGAUAGACAGGUCGAGAUCGCCAAACUCCUGUGGGGGAUUCCCGAGGCGAUAGAAAUAUUCCAGCAAAGAAAUUUCAAGCAGGAGCAGACAGAUCUAAGCGAUUUGCUAGAUGCUGUCAUUCGGGCUUUGGGUAUGCCACGGUCGUUGAAGGAGUUUGGCAUCAGCGAAGAUAGCUUGAAUAGCAUUGCUGAGCACAGCCUCAAAGACCGAUGGGUGCAGUCGAAUCCUGCAAAUCUGGACAAGAAUGGCGUUCUUGAAAUCUUAAGAAUGAUAACGUAG